AUGGGGUUGAGCUCGAUGACAUGGGGUUACGCACGGAUCAUAGCAGGAACACUUGUCGGUGGGACUCUUGGAUUCUACGUAAUGCAUCGAAUCGAAGUUAGCUACAAGAUGAGGAUGGAGGAAGCUUUAAGGCAAUACGAGAAGGAAAAAAUGAAGAGAGAAGAAUUAGAGAAUCUUGUUCAGGUCAAUGAAGAUUCCGUUUAG